CUCAGGCAACGCAUGGAUGCAUCGCGAGAAUUAAGCUCAUGGGGACCCACCGUGUGCGUGGGGUUGCUUGGUCGCAGUGCACUGGUGAUGUUCCAGAUGCUGCCCAAGGAAGAAGGCGAUACUGCGAUAGAGCUCUUGUGCACCGUGAAGGAGAAGGACGUCGAGGUGAUUGAAUCGGUUCAACACGUGCAAGCGCACGUUUUGGCGGCGACACCACGGGAUGUCUCUCACAUGCUUAAGGAGGGCGAGCGCAAGCACGGGCUUCUUCGGGUUGAGCUUGUCUGCAGUACCGCAUGGACGCCCACCGACAAAUAUGCGGAGCGUCACAGAGUGCGUCGGUGCAUGCAUGUCAACGCUUCCCUCGCGCGGGUCUACUGGGAUCAAAUGAAUCGGGACAGCUGGCCCAAGUCUUUGCAGGACUGGCACGAGAUUGUGGUUGGCAAGACUCAAAAGCGUGCAGAGGCACCUAAGUUGACGUUGGAAACCCUGGAGAAGGCGAUGAAGGACGUGACCGUCGUCGCUGACCAGAGGGGCUUUUACAACAAGCCUAUCCAUGAUCUAGACACACAUGGACGGGUCAAUCGAAAGACGACUAAACUGGACGAAAACCCCCUCACGCGAGAAGAGCGCGAAGCCGAAGGGAUCACUUAUGGCGACCAGCAACCGAACAAGAGGAUGCGAGACAUUCCCAGCUACCGGCACAAGCCAUUGACGGCAUUGCUGCGGAACCUGCACCAACUUCUGCCGCUGGAGCGCUGCAACGAAACAGGGCAGCGACCGGCCGGAUGCAGGGAGCGGCAUGCUCCAACGAAGCCGCGAAAGCAAUCCAGCAAAACCGAUGGAGGCAUGUUCAAGUUUGCCCAGCAUGGCAUGGUUCUCCAGCUGGAGGACUUCAUCGAGGAGAAGUGCUUUGUACAGCCGACAGCUGCUGCAGAGGAGCAGGACUUUGGCUUUGUGCCGGCCGAGCUGCACAAUGUGGCCAGGGGCCUUGUUGCUUUCCUGAGGGUCAGAGCGUGCUCUUACGAUAACAUCUCGCCUCAGAAGAAGACGGAGCAUUGGAGCCAUUGCUUGGAGUGGUGGGGUUUUUGGAUGUCGGACGAGGAAAUCCAAGCCGUGGCUGCACAAGCGACGUCCCUUGCAUUUACGCACAUGCGCUAUCUGAGUGCCUACGUGCGUUUGCAUCGAGCAACGUUUGCGCAGGAAAGUGUUGCCGCUGCCUCGCAGAUGUAG